CCUUCGCCGGCGUCAUUUUUGGGACUUCCUUCGGCCGUCAAUGGCGGUAGCCUCCUCAAAGCUUCUGAGCCAUCUCCGCCGUCGCUCUCUACUUCGCAGCUCUCCCUCCCUCAUACGCACCCGCCAUCUGCUGCCACCUCCGACGCCAAUCCACAGCCCUCGCUUCCUCGACUCCCUCGACUGUCCGCUCCCCUCAACUCAGUCUCCCUUCCAGUUCAGCCGCUGCUUCUCCGCCAGCUCAUGGGGGGACGAUUCCGGGCUCUGGCGGCUUGGCGAAUCGGCGUCGGCGAGGAGCGAGCUGGAUGGUCCCAUCAGCUCAGGGCUUAAUGAGGCUGCUCACGAAGUCGUGAGCAGUGUCAGCGACGGGGGUUCUAUUCUACCGGUGAAAUCCCUGAUAUCGAUUCUUGAUUACUGCCAUGACCUCACCGGCUUCCCCUGGUGGGCACUGAUAGCAUCCUCCACAAUCGCGAUGAGGAUUAUGUUGCUCCCUAUAGUUGUCUUGCAACAGAAGAAAUUGAGUAAAAUCGCUGAGUUCUUGCCCAAAUUGCCUCCGCCUUUGCCCCCACUUUUCUCAGGAAAGAGUUACUCCGACCAUAUUUCACAUUUCAAAAAGGAGCGGCGAGCAUCUGGGUGCCCUACAUUGUUGUGGAUGUUGGCAACCUCCACUGUCCAGAUCCCAUUCUUUAUGUUAUGGAUGGUUACUACCCGAAGGAUGUCUUUGGACAAUCACCCAGGAUUUGACAGUGGUGGCAUAUUAUGGUUUCAAAAUUUAACAGAAGUCCCUCAAGGCACUAUAGGUCUUAUUCUUCCAUUUCUGAUUGGUGGUUUACAUCUUACGAACGUACAGGUUGCCUUUUCAAGAUUUCGUAAAUAUCCUAGUACCAUUAACGUCAUUGCAAGAGGCUACAGGAUAAUUUUGCAAAUACUGACUCUUCCAGUUGUGUAUGGCAGCUGUUUAUUUCCGCAGGCAUCUUUAGUCUAUUGGGCAACCAAUAUAACCUCAAGUAUUCUUGUGCAAAUGGGUCUCCAUCAUCCUGGCGUUCGAAUGAUGCUGGGGUUGUCAAAGGAGGAGGAGAUUAUUCCUAAAAGAGAUUCGAAUGCUGACAUGGCAGUGACAUCUAAAACAGCGUCUUCAGAUUCAAAAAUAGGAAAAACCUCUGUACAUGACCUGUCACCUGAGGAAUUGCUUGCUCUCUCACUCAGUGUGAUAUCCCAAGGGGAGAACAUACAAGGAAUUUCAUUGCUAGAACUAGCGCUUGAUAAAGAUCCUGAGUAUAUAAGAGCAAUGGUUGUCAUAGGGCAGACCUUGUUGCAUAUAGAAGAACCCGAUGAGGCUGCUGAAUAUUUAGAGCGAGCUAUUUCCAAGCUCUUUGGUGCUGGCAAUCCAAUGGAAAAGGAAGGUGAGGAGCUUGAUUUUCUAAUCUUGGCUUCUCAAGGGGCCGGCCUCGCUUAUAUACAGCAGUCGAAGUUUGCUGAAGGAAUAGAGCAUCUGGAAAGAAUCGCGGCCUUGAAAGAGCCAGAGGAACCGAAGAUCAAGGCCCACUAUUAUGAUGGGCUCGUACUGCUCUCAAGUGCCUUGUUCAAUGAAGGUCGUACAGCUGAAGCUGCAAAGUACCUGCGACUAGCUGCCGCAUAUGAUCCCAAGUUUAACGAAUUAUUGGAACAAUGCGAGAAGGAAAGUCGGGAACUCAAUAUGCAGUAAGAGGAGAUUACUUACUGGUUAUUCUUUUUCCCAGCCAAAGCCAUAAUGACCGGGGAGCAAGGUGUUUCUGGUGUAACAAUAAAACCUUGUACCCCGUCCGAGAUUGAACAACUCAUGCAAUGAGGAUCCUACAGAUUUACCAGGUUUAACAACAAAAGUUCCUUUUGUUUCCUGACCAUCAGUUUCAGUUGUGUUUGAAAACAAUAGCUAUACAAGCAAAUUCAUGUUUGCAACUUACUGUGUAAACCAUAUAAAAUUUACAGUAGUAAAUUCAUCCGAGUUGUUUCAAAGUGCGCAAGACGAUUUAAGGUCGCAUUACGAAGUGCAAGAAUCAGGAUGGAAUUGGAACCAGCUGCUCUUCUGACAGAGUACCCCCAA